CCCGCGUCCCCGCUCUCGGAGUCCCGCCACCCCGGCUCGCCUCGACUCGGCGCCGCGAUCCUGGGCCAUGCCCCGCUACGAGUUGGCUUUGAUUCUGAAAGCCAUGCGGCGGGGUUGGUACAGUAGGCUCCACUAGACUUAGCUGCAGCUCAGAGUUUCUCCUCCAGCACCUGAGUAAAUGCUGAUGGUCUUGUGGACUAAGAGUGCGAGCUAAAUUCUCAAUCCCAAUUGAGAAGCGGAGGAAAUUUAAAACUGUCUCCUUCCAAGCUUACCACAACCACCACCAUCAAGACAGCAAACAAAGGACAAAGACUUUGAACCGCUGUGUUGCUCUGUGUAGUCCUAUUCACGUGUGCUUUACAGACUUGGCUGGGUUACUAAUAAGUAAAUAAGAAGUUGGACACUUCUUUCAUUCGGACAUUCUAUUCACAAGUUACCAGAAUGAGGGCUGUGCUGGAGACGGCAGACAUUGCCAUAGUGGCCCUGUAUUUUGUCCUGGUCAUGUGCAUUGGUUUUUUUGCCAUGUGGAAAUCUAAUAGAAGCACUGUGAGUGGAUACUUCCUGGCCGGGCGCUCUAUGACCUGGGUGGCAAUUGGUGCCUCUCUGUUUGUGAGCAAUAUUGGGAGUGAGCACUUCAUUGGGCUGGCAGGAUCUGGAGCAGCGAGUGGAUUUGCAGUAGGCGCAUGGGAAUUCAAUGCCUUACUGCUCUUGCAACUUCUGGGAUGGGUUUUCAUCCCUAUUUACAUCCGGUCAGGGGUAUACACUAUGCCUGAAUACUUGUCCAAGAGAUUCGGUGGCCAUAGGAUUCAGGUCUAUUUUGCGGCCUUGUCUCUGCUUCUGUAUAUCUUCACCAAGCUCUCGGUGGAUCUGUAUUCAGGUGCCCUCUUUAUCCAGGAGUCCUUGGGUUGGAACCUUUAUGUGUCUGUCAUCCUGCUCAUUGGCAUGACCGCUCUGCUGACUGUCACCGGAGGCCUUGUUGCAGUGAUCUACACAGACACCCUCCAGGCUCUGCUCAUGAUUAUUGGGGCACUCACUCUUAUGGUUAUUAGCAUGAUGAAGAUUGGAGGGUUUGAGGAAGUUAAGAGAAGGUACAUGUUGGCCUCACCCAAUGUUGCUUCCAUUUUGUUGACAUACAACCUUUCCAACACAAAUUCAUGUAACGUCCACCCUAAGGAGGAUGCCCUAAAAAUGCUGCGAGAUCCAACAGAUGAAGAUGUUCCAUGGCCUGGAUUCAUUCUUGGGCAGACCCCAGCCUCGGUAUGGUACUGGUGUGCUGACCAAGUCAUUGUGCAGAGGGUUCUAGCAGCCAAAAACAUUGCUCAUGCCAAAGGCUCUACUCUAAUGGCUGGCUUCUUGAAGCUUCUACCAAUGUUUAUCAUAGUUGUCCCAGGAAUGAUUUCUAGGAUACUGUUUGUUGAUGACAUAGCUUGCAUCAACCCAGAGCACUGCAUGCAAGUGUGUGGAAGCAGAGCUGGGUGCUCCAAUAUUGCCUACCCACGCCUGGUGAUGAAGUUGGUUCCUGUGGGCCUUCGGGGCUUGAUGAUGGCCGUGAUGAUUGCGGCUCUGAUGAGCGACUUGGACUCCAUCUUUAACAGUGCCAGUACCAUAUUCACCCUCGAUGUGUACAAGCUUAUCCGCAAGAGCGCAAGCUCCCGGGAACUAAUGAUAGUGGGCAGGAUAUUUGUGGCUUUUAUGGUUGUCAUCAGCAUAGCAUGGGUGCCAAUUAUUGUGGAGAUGCAAGGAGGCCAGAUGUACCUUUAUAUCCAGGAGGUGGCAGAUUAUCUGACCCCUCCAGUGGCAGCUCUCUUCCUUCUGGCAAUUUUCUGGAAACGUUGCAAUGAGCAAGGGGCUUUCUAUGGUGGAAUGGCAGGCUUUGUUCUGGGAGCUGUCCGUUUGAUACUGGCUUUUACCUACCGUGCUCCUGAAUGUGACCAACCUGAUAACAGGCCAGGCUUCAUCAAAGACAUCCAUUAUAUGUAUGUGGCUACAGCAUUGUUUUGGAUCACAGGACUCAUAACUGUAAUUGUAAGUCUUCUCACACCGCCUCCCACCAAGGACCAGAUUCGUACUACCACCUUUUGGUCAAAGAAGACCCUGGUAACAGAGGAGAGCUGCUGUCAGAAAGAGGAGCCAUACAAAAUGCAAGAGAAGAGCUUUCUGCGGAGCACUGAUAACAGUGAGGCUGUCAACCACGCCAUCCCCAACGGGAAGUCUGAAGACAGCAUCAAGGAGCUUCAGCCUGAAGAUGUUAAUCUGUUGGUGACGUGCAGAGAAGAGGGCAAUCCAGUCGCUUCCGUGGGUCAUUCAGAGGCAGAAACACCAGUAGAUGCUUAUUCCAAUGGGCAAGCAGCUCUCAUGGGUGAGAAAGAGAGAGAGAAGGAAACAGAAAGCCGAAGCCGGUAUUGGAAGUUCAUAGACUGGUUUUGUGGCUUUAAGAGUAAAAGCCUUAGCAAGAGAAGUCUCAGAGACUUGAUGGACGAGGAGGCCGUUUGCUCGCAGAUGUUAGAAGAGUCUCCACAAGUAAAAGUUGUGUUAAAUAUUGGACUUUUUGCUGUGUGUUCGCUUGGAAUUUUCAUGUUUGUUUAUUUCUCCUUAUGAACUUAAGAACAUGGUGAGGCACUUAAGAAAAUACUGGUCUUUGAAAACAAAAAUGUGACUGUUGCAUCUCUCAGGCAUUGUUUACGCUGAAGGUUUUAGCCAAAUUUUACUUAGCAGAAAAUCAUCUAUUUGCAAGACUAUUUUCCUAGAGAUGGAUGAAAUAAAUCUUCAACUUAAAUGAAACAAAACAGAAUGAAUUGUGCAAAAAAAAAUGUGGUUUUAGAGUUUUCCAUACCAAAGUGAGGAAAGACCAGUUCUUCUUACAGGUCACUGAGAGCGGAACUGUGUUCAAGCACCAUGAUAAAGUGUCUGGUCUGCAUUGCCAAGUCUCAGAGACCUUGUGCUGAAGUAGAUUUGCUCAUUUGUAAGGUUUUUGUCUCUAAUCCCUGCUAUGAUUAAAAAAUUGAAUUCAUAGAGAUUGAAUGAUUAGUUAUGUCCUGAAAGUCUAAUGUGUUGUAUAGUGAUUACUUCAGGACAACUUUGUUUGCUUGGCUGGUUUUGUUAGCAUGAGUCCAUGGAUUCUGCUUGCCAAAAGAAAGGAAGAAUGUUUUCCUGGAGGUAUUUUUGUACCCCUUGUGUGUGGAAUGUUAGUGGCUUGGGCAGACUUUGUUUCAGUUCCCUCCCUCUGUUUUUCUUUCUUAAACUGAACCAUACGGAAUGACUACCAAGUCUGUAUAUAUUUUUUUUAAUCGGGGGGGGGGGGGGGAAGUAAGUAUUGAUUGCUGAUGAUCCCCACAUUUAUUGAUGAGAAAAGGUGUUUUAAAAUAUAGUUUGAGAAUUAACUACCAUGCAAUGCUUGAUAAACGUAUUGCUAAGAGGAUGAUGAAUCAUCUUCUGCCUGUUUCAUAGCUGCUUCCUUGUUAUUUUGUAGUAUUCCUUGUUAAUCAGCCAGAUGCCUUCCCCCAUGGGUCCAGUUGUGAGAAACGUUAAGUGUCACCACAGAAGUGGGCACAGCUUUUGUGUGCUGAGUUGUGGCCCUUGACCACCUGUGAUACACUGAUGUUGUGUUUAGAGGGAAAAUCAAAUCCUGACUCGUACUGCAUUCUCUAUACGCUCUUUUCCUGGUGUUUGCCUUUCCUGAAGAUGUGCUGCGAGUGUCAGCACACACACGCGUCGUUACAAACUGGCCACCCGCCACAGAACUCUCCUCACCCUUGCUGUUGAUCAGCAUAAGGUUUCUGUGGAUGCCUAGCGUGGUCAUGCGCUCUUGGGGAGGACAUCACAAGAUUCUGUACAGACCUUUACCUUUAUCCAAUCACAGCAUCCAAGGGCAGCAGAUCUUUGUUGUAGGCUGUUUCUCCCUAGUGAGGAUGGCACAGAAGGAGUUAAGAGAAGAACUCUUACGGAUGUCUGUAGUCCUGUGUCUUCAACACUGCCUGUUCUCCAUGAGAGAUGGAGAAAACUAACUAAUACCUACUUUCUUUAAGCUAAUAACUUUUUAAAUUAUAUAAUAAAUUUAUUAAGCCUUGUACUCAAGGGCAGUUAUUACUUUUAUAGAUCAUUUUGUAGAUUUUGAAUCAAAGCUCAAUCCUGAUAACUUUUUUUUUUUUUUUUUUGGUAAUGCAUCAAUUUGUUUGCAGAUGAUGGACUUGAGCCCAACACUGACUUUAGGGCUCACUGGGUACAUACAGUCUUCCUGUCUUCAGGAGGGUUUCUGAUGGACUCAGCCUGCAGGUGGAAAAAGUGAUUUAUGUACGAAUUAGCAUGUAUUUCUGAAGAACUUAAGAGUGCCUUGUACAAUUUUUCUCUCAAUUUCUAUUUUGAGGUUUAUAACCGAGGGACCAAGUAGAUAGGGCUUCCUUGUCUUGAGUGGAGGUUGAGGCUGUGACGCGUCCAAGGUCACGGGACCUUGUGGAAAGAUGAGAAAGCAGUUCUCCAGAUCUGGAUUCAGAGUUUGCCCACAUGUAUUUGAAUGAAUGGUUUGUUUGUGGUUUGUGACAGUCUUCUCUUAAAGAAUUUUCCGUUUGAGAUAACCUUUUAGGCUAUGAAAAACAUUCAUAGGAUCUUGGGUUGCCUGAAUUUGUAUCAAGUUGUAGGAGUUAGUAUUUCCUUUGAACACAUCCCUGUGCACUUAGCAAGAAUUAACAUGUUGGCUGAGUGGCCUUCCUAAUCCUCGUAUUUACAGCAUAAGAGAAUAGGUGUUUAUGUGGAUUUCUCCCCUUUGUUUAGUGUUGAGUCCUAAUAAUUUGGAAUGUUAGAUCUUCUUACCUCUUUUUGUUGUCUUAUAGUAAGAUACAUACAUACAUGUGUCUGUGUAAAUAGCAGUAGGUCAGGUUUAGAGUUCUGUAUCUAUAAAUAAGAAACGACUUAACAUAUCCAUGAGGUGUUCAUGCUUACCAGUGUGAGCAUCGCUGUGCUGACUCUGAAGUCCCACCGCUUGUCUUCCUUACUGCCUCCCGCGUGGACGCUGUGACUGAAGAAGGUGUGCCCUGGGGAAGGCAGCUUCAUUCCAGUCUGUAGAGUGUCGGAAUGACCUUGGAAUGAUAGAUGGUUAUUUCAGGCUAGCAAAGUGUCCAUCCUUCCCAUGGAUAUAAGAGUCCUAAAAGAUGGCGUGGAUAUAUUCAGACAUGCAUUUUACACAUGCAUUUCUGUGCUUGUGCAAGCUAAGGUUCUGACUUGACCAAGAUUGACACUGACUAAAAUGUGGCUAAGAGUAAAAACAUAGGUGGGGCUGUUGGUCCACAAACGCAGGUGAGAAAUAGUUAUCCUUGGUGUGGGGGCCCAACUUCUCGAUGUUUUGUCUUCCCAGGCAGUUUGUGUCUGGGUCUAGAGCAGAGGGCUUCUGACAGUGGCCAGGAGAGUGAUUGCUGACUCUGCUGUGGGACUUCAGGUCUCUUUCAUUUCUGCAGACUGUGUCCUGCCCAUCUCUCCUCCAGCCGGUCUUUCUAGGAAGUGAUUGCUUUUCUUUUUAGAAGAGCAUCAAGUAAUAACUCCUGUCCUUGGCUCAGAUCCAGUGGGCCUCAUUUCCAGGGCUUCCUUUCCACUGGCUCCAAGGAUCUAUCAUUAUCUUGCACAGAGAGGGAGGCUGACCAGGGCUGUGUGUCCUUACCUCUUAGAGAUGUCACCAUAAGAAAUUAGCAGAGACCCUUCACUUUGUGAAACUCCCAGUUAAGAAUGGAUCUCUGAGUUAAUUGGUUCUCUGAGCAUGGGGUUAAAAGCCUUGUCUGGGGUGGUUCUGAAUCCUUAAAUUCCUACACUGGGACUCUUUCUCUGUCGCAAAUGCUUGAUCUUCUCAUCUCUUUGAAUGUCAUUUAGUGUAAUCUAUGGAUACGUCUUCUCCACCAUAUAAAUCAGCCUUGUCGUUAACCCAUUGAGAGAUUAGGUCUUGCGUCUUCUUGUCUGACUGGUACUAUAGUACUAAGAUUGCUUCAUUCCCUCAUAUCACACCUUCAUGGGAGGUAUGAUUGGAAGGAGGCCACAUAGGUGUUUGUUAGUGACAGUUCACCGUUCCCUAGGUGUGCACGAGACUUCAUUCCUCCUAAGCCACGUGGCUGCGCGGCCUGUUGCAGUUUUCUAAGAAGUGGUGAAGGCACCAGUGUUUGAGUGUCCCUCAAGUCGGGAGACAGUAGUGAGUUCUCGCAGGAGCCCCUUUGCGAUGAUGGGUCAAGGUGGUAAAGUUGGAAAUUAGCUGGUACAGAGAGAAAUGCUGGGGCUGUUAUGUCCGAGGCUGGUGCAGAAAUGACGACUCAGGACCGAGACCCUUCUCGUGAAGAUCACCUGUCACACUGUCUUGAACACCGUAGCUGCCCCGCUUGUGAUCUGAGGUUCUGUGUAAGAGAAUUGUUAGUGCCAAGUCCCAUACUUAGUCAUGUGUUUUCAUUUAAAGUUCUCACUACUGACUGAUCUUUUAACAAUGUUGUGAAAUCGAUGCCAUUUAUGCUUCUGUCUACACUCCUUUAUAACAGGCAAGGCUCAGUUUGCGUGUAAGCCACCCCUUUUCCUAGCAACCAGUAGCUGUUGCCCUGUAGCCUUUGCUGAGAAACGAAGAAAAAGAUGUAGUGUGUGUCAUUCCUCAUCUCAUGCACUUUACUCUUUGGAGGAGCAUGCAUCUGCAGGCUCUGUGGAUGGCCUCAUUCCUCUAAGUAUGCCCAGGAAGGCCGAGGAGUUCUGUCUGGCAUGCUGCCCUCCUGCUCCUUCCCCCCCCCCCACCCCCAGGUAGCAUAUGUCUAAAGACUCUGCUAGGGAUUUUCUGGACAGCACAAGUUGACAGUAUAUACCCACAGCAUAAUUAGAUGUAUUUGCCCUAUUUUCCUAGGGCUGCUAGCUUUAUAAAUUUAUAUGUAAAUAACACACACACAAAUUUAAUGUUCAGUUUAUUAGUGUGAAAGCAGAAUGUCAUUAGUAUCUUGUAUGUGCAUGUCUGUGUGUGUAAUUGGAAACAGAUGGGGCAUACUGAAAUCUUGGAAUGGCAGUUGUUAGUGUACAAGGUUUUCCACAGGUAUAAGCAAAUUUUGAGGUUUGUGUUUAGGUUGUAGGUAACUUUCUGCUUGCCAGUGUUGAUCUGCUAGUUUACACCUUGUCCCUUUCUUAGCUGUAAGCUUCCUAUGCUUUUAGGUUUUAUUGUAACUAAUGAAGAAAGCUAGUAGAAAGUACACAUUUACACGCUUUUAUAUGUAGUUUUUGGUUCACAGAAACAAGGCAGUUUUAAGUAUAUAUAUUGUCGCUUAAUGUUAUUUAUUCAUCGUAAUUUGCUUUUACAUCUAUAAUUAAAACUUUAAAGUUACAUUAUAAUUCUGAGUAUAUUUUUAGAAUGACCCUGUACAGUUUAAGGACAUCUGAGCACUUGUAUUUCCAUGUGUAAGGAGAGGCUAAAGGUCCAUAGAAAGCACAACACUGUUCACGUGUGUGUCUCCAUUUGUAAAAAGCACAAACCUAAUAGCAUUCCCACUAACCCACAAGUACAAGUCAUAAGCCCACCAAGCCGCCGUGUCCCGGGGUUGUCAGGACGACCACAGUGCCGAAAAGCUGGACAGGGAAACUGCUGUCCAGCCGGCCUGAGAGAUGAGUCUUGUGUUCUCCCUGCUUGUGCUGCUCUGAAGGGGAGAGCUCUCAGCUGCUUAUAUAUGGGGGUUUUAGGGAAAUGAGAUCUGUGGACACAGACCCAUAAUCUGAAACUCAACUGGGACAGUGGGGUUUCUGGUGGGCCGGCAGGUGACAGCUUUGUAAGUCAUAGUCAUUGGAAUGCUAAAAUGUUGUCUAGAAGUAUUACUAGUUUUCAACAGUGCUCUACAAGCCAUGAAAAAUUCACACUCAGUAGUGCAGAUACUAUAUUGAUCUUGCAUAGGUUUGCAUGAGGUGGCGUUAGCUUUGUGGUCUUUAUGUGCUUAGCUGUACUUUUUAGUAGAGAGUUGGAUCUCUGUGUUCCGAACAUCAAACUAUUUCUGGACAGACUCUAUAUGACAUUGCUUUUCCUAAUAGUACUGGGAAUUUUCUAAUGUGUUCUGUUCGCUCCUCAAGACUAGAUGAGUGGAAGCUGUGGGUGUGCGUGCAGAAGCCAAGAUGUAUUUCCUCCCACUCAGCACUGCCCUUUCCCCUGCUUUGCUUUACCUCCAAACAGUCCCAUGGUUACCAAGAAUGAAAAUGAGCCGUCUAAGUUAUGGCUACAUCUUCAGACACAGCUCUGAGGAAAGAGAGUGCCUCCUCUGUUUGGGUAUUUUUCUUCCUAGGGAAACCUUAUAACAAAGAUUGUAGAUGACAUAGACUAAUGUGACCUAAAAAAAAAAAAAAAAAAAGACAAAGUCUUGGUAUAUGGUAUAUCUUAGAAGAGUUCACAUGAACUUGGAUGGUGAGAUUUCUCCCAUGUGUGCACCUACAGUGGCAUUUUACAACAGGUAACCUGGAGGUUACAGGGGCGGUGGGGGUGGGAAGCUGAGGGAGAAGCUGUGAGGAAUGUCCUUGACUAGCAAUAUGUGACUACGUAGAGCAGUUAACCUUUGACCUAUGUAUUCUAUACCUUUAAGAGAGUUUAAUACAACUUUUUGAAAUGCUUUUUAAAAUUUCUUUGACACAAAUGAUUUUCAUUUAUAAUUUCAUGGAAAGAAAAGUAGUCAUGGUGUAAAUAUGUAUAAUUUCCUGAUUUCACUGUGAGAACUCAGACCGUUGAGUGGCAAACAGAUCACCAAGUCUUUUGCUCAUGGACUGCUCUGUGGGGUUAUUAAGAUGUAAAAGCUUUAUUAUUGUUAUUAUUAUUUUUAAAUAGCGGCAUACUGCAUUAGUGUCUGAGGACGGCAUGGCCGUUCUUCUGCUGCCCUCGCCAUCCUUGCUUCAGUCCGUAAGCACCUGCCAAGUUCAGACCCAGCAGGGCUUGUCUGUCCCUGUGUGGACGCCGCUCUUUGUCUGGACCUGUUGGUGAUCACAUAUGAACCGGUAGACUUUUCCGCUUUGCUUUUCUUUUUUGACAAAAUGGGUAUCAAAAAUAGUUGCUGUGCAAAAGUUAGUAGUCUUCUUCAAGAAGAGCAAUCCUUUUUCUGAUAAUAUCCUGUGAAAUUGCUUCAUUCAUUCCUUUAUUUCUAAGCCAAACGCCAGCGGAACACUGCUGCUUUUAUCUAAAGAAUUUUGAUAUGUAAGUAUUAAUGCAUUUAAAAAGAUGUCUGCUUUGAGAAAUGUUUUCCCGUGUACUGCCUGGAAGCUUUGUCCACACUCUGGGCUCAGAGACCAGACCCGUCAGUACACUGGGCUGUGUAUUAUGUAUGUGGAUCAUUUCAUCUGGCAUUGUAGACCAGAUAUGGCUAUAAUGGAAUUUGUGAACAUUAAUUUGUUAUUGGUUAGCUUUUAAUUAUUUCCAGUUUACUCUCUGUCGUUCUCAGCCUCUUUUGUUUUCAAGUUUGACCAAUAAAGUCCGUUUCAUUGUGUAAGGCUUUAGUUUUAGAGAAAUCAGAAUUUUCUUCCAUCUUGAAAAGAAAACCGUUAAACUGUAAAUUUAAAGCUGUUAGCUACUUGUGACAGUUGUAACUUGCCUACACUGUGUACGACUGAUUUUUACAAUUGUAGACUUGUAUGAUCUUGGUUUACUGUGUUGUGUUACUGUUGUUUAAAAAUGGCAAAAAAAAAAAAAAACCAAUCUGCUAAAGAGCCGUCAGUCUUGGUUGCUGACUGCAAGCUCUCUGUUCUUUGUGUACUCGUGUUAUUUUGCCAGCUGCUGCAUUAGCCUUCAGAAGUAUUUGAAAACUUAAGAUGAAUACAUUUCUUGCAAAGUCCGUUCCUUUCUGUGGUAUUUUGUCCGGUAGCUGAAGUGUAGUAAUUAUUUUAUGGAAAUGUUAGCACUUCUGUACAAACUUUGAAUAAAGUGAGAACUUUACCCUU